UUUUGCUGCUUUAUAUUCUCAUCUCUCUUCUCCAAUCUCUCUUUCUCUUCCACUCUCUGUUCCCCUUUGCCAUAUCUUUGCAUCUUCCAGUUGAUCUGGCAAAGCUUGAGAUCUAAUUUAAAGGAGGCCUUGUUCUUGAGAUCUUAUGAGGGAGUCUUGCAUUUCUUGCUUGUUUGGGCUCUUGGGUGUUUGGUUGCGGAGAUGGAGAGUGGAAAACCGAUAUGGGAUCACAACCUUGGUGUGAAUAUUUUCAAGCUCUUGAUGAGAAUUAGAAUAAAUGAGUUGGAGAAAAUUCCAGAGGACUUGUGCAAAGAAGGAAAAGAUUUUCUAGGGAAAAGCUCUUUUGGUGGAUCACCAUCUCCAAGAGGCAAUUUUGAUUUCCCAGAUUGGGUUUCAAUGGCAGUUCUUUCCCUCAUCAUUAGUCAUGGUGGCUACGUCCCGAUCUUUGUUGAGGUAGCAACAACAUUGCUUGGCGUUUGGUGGUGUUUAUGCCUUUGGUUGGCUCUCGCUUUAUGCCAGUUUUGGGCUCUGACUUUAUGCCAGUUGUUGGCUUUAUGCCAAUUUGAGUUUUAUUUUUAGUAGGCUUUUACUGUUGCA